UUUCAUUCUCAGCUCGUCGUUCGAACUUCUAAUCAAUCUUCUCAGAGCUAUAGCUUGUAGCCUUGAGCUAGCUGCCUUGCUUGCCGAUCGAUUCAUCUUCAGGUCAGGUGAGGAUGGGCAUCCUGGACGCGGUGUCGGACAUGUGCGCGUGCCCGACGGUGCGCACGCGGCGGCACAUCAAGAAGCGGCCGCAGCUGGAGACGGUGGAGAUGAAGGUGCGGAUCGACUGCGAGGGCUGCGAGCGCCGCAUCCGCAAGGCCGUCGACGGCAUCCGCGGGGUCACCGGCGUCGAGGUGCUCCCCAAGCAGAACAAGGUGGCCGUCACCGGGUACAUCGACGACCCGGCCAAGCUGAUGCGGCGGGUGGCGCGCAAGACCGGCAAGAAGGUGGAGCCGUGGCCGUACGUGCCCUACGACGUGGUGCCGCACCCCUACGCCCCCGGCGCCUACGACAAGAAGGCGCCUCCCGGCUACGUCCGGAACGUCGUCGCCGACCCCGACGCCGCGCCGCUCGCCAGGGCCUCCUCCACCGAGGUCAAGUACACCUCCGCCUUCUCCGACGAGAACCCCAACGCGGCAUGCGCCGUCAUGUAGUCGGUGCUCGUACGUAGGACAAUUAAUUUGGAACGGAAGGAGUAUCUUUUAGCCAGGCCUUGCUUCAGCUAAGCUUUUACUAGGUAUGUAGUAUUGUUUUUUGGGGUCGUCUGUAUAAUUAUUUUGCACACGUUGUACUGAAUCCACAAAGUGAAAUUGUAAAUUACUUGCUUAUAUAUAUAUUGCCUACGUAGCUAGUUAGCUUGGUACAGUAGUUUGUGAUUUUGAACCAGGGGAUUCAGUUCCCUGUUUACUGUAAGAUAGUACUAUAUAUUUUAAUGAACUUCACAUGUAUAA